CACUCCUCGCUGCGGUCCACAGCGACACGCACGUCGAGCACGCAUGCCCGCCGCCACCAAGGCGCGCCUCACGGGCAGCGCCGCCGCCGCCGCCGAUGCCGCAGCCGCCGCGGCCGUGCUGCCCUCGUCGUUCCAGUCGCGCCGCCGCCGCGCCGCCGUGCUGGCCGCCUUCUGGCUCGCCAUCCUCGCCGCACUGCCGGCAUGGUGGCACCUGACGAGCAUCGAGCGGCGCGCGCUGCCCGAGGAGCGCGUGGCGCAGUGGGCCGCCCGCCGUGCAGAGCAGGCCUGCGCCGUGCGAACGCCGCUGACGCUGCAGCUCGAGGUGCCGCGCUCGCUUCUGCCCGAGGCGUUUCCCUUCUUCGCGCAGGAGGAGCGCUACGACGACGUGGCGGCGUGGAGCGAGGCGCUACAGCGCAGCGUUCAGCGCGCCCUCUCGCGCACCGCCGAGUGCCACGAUGUGCGGCUGCAAGUGUCGGUCGAGGGCUCGCAAUCGCCGAGCUCAAAGAGUGCAGGCGGCCCUCUCUACCGCGUCUCGCUUGCCUCGGAUGCUGCACUCGCCAUUGACGCGCCCAGCAGCGGUGGGCACGGCAUCUCGCUGCUGAGCGAGCAUCUGAGCGAGCAGCUGGCGGCGCUCUUCCAGCUAGCGCCUUCCAGUGCCGUGCACUCGCUGCGCGAGAUUCCGUACGCGAUGCGCAUCCGCACCGUCUGGCACCUGCUCAACGAGGAUGCAGCGCAGCAGUCGCCGCUGCCGGCGGGCCUGGCUGCAUGGGAUGCGCGGGCGCUCGAUGAGGCGCUUGAUCGGCACGUCGGACCCAUUGCGCGUGCGCUGCGAGGCACACAUCGCAUCGGACGCGAGAGCCAGAGCCACUGGUGGGCGCCGCUGGCCUUUGAGCCGGAGCUGCGCAAGCGGCAAGUCGCCGAGGCGCAGGCCCACGACGUCUAUGCCGAGCCUGCCUCAGAGGCAGGCAGCUCAGAGGCCGCGACGGCCGACAGCGAGGCUUCUGAGCCGGUAGAGGCGGACGAUGCCGCGUCGACUGCAGACACGCCGCUCUACGAGCCGCAGAACGACUCGGACGAGCACGCCGAGCGAGUGCGCCAGGCCGUCGAAGAGGCGCAGUUCGCUCGCGAUGGACAAGAAGACAGUCCGCUCGACGAUGAGGAGCAGGCAAAGGAGGAAGAAGCUGUCGAGGAGCUCUUGGCUGCCGUCGAGCAGCCCGACGAGGCUUCUGCCACGGCCGCCGAUGCUUCCGCCAGCGAGACUGGCCUUGCGCUCCCCGAGCUGCCUGCCGAGCCCGCAACGGAGGACGUCCACGUCAUCACGCCGGAGCAGCUCCAGGUCUUCGUCAACUCGGCCGAGUGGAGCCUCUCCUCGCCCUCGCCAGCCACCGCUUGGGAGUUCCCAUCAGCUCCCUGGCUCUCCGAUCCCGAGCGCGAAGCCGGCCUCGCGCUGCGGCGCCUGGCCUGGGGCGACGAAGAGUCAGACACGGAGCGCACGCUGCACUUCUGCGUCUUUGUGCCGAGCCCUAAGCACCGGCCGCUCUACAUCGACGAGGCGACGUCUGAGAGUGCGCGCGGCUUCCUUGUGCCGCAGUGGGGCGGCGUGGUGCUCUACAGCCCACCUGCGCCGGAGGAUGCGAGCAGCAGCAGGAACAGUAGCUCGCUGCUGCCGCCCUUUGCUGCGGCCGAGCUGGACGACAUGAUGCCGCUCUUUGCGUCGCAGCUGCGCUCGCUGCUCGGUCUGCGCCUGCCACGCUCGCCGGCCGGCAGCACCGAGGCGCAGCGCCUGGCACGCCGCGCCGUCGCGCUCGAUGCGCUGCUGCGCCGCCGGAUAGCGGAGACGGCCAACGAGGCCGUCGACACGCUGCACGGCAUCAUCCGCCUCGUGCACAAGAUCACCAACCUUGGCGUCGGCAAGCAGGUGCAGGACGACGUGCGCGACGCCCUCGAGGCGCUCGACAUGCUCGAUGCUCACCUGGCGCUGCCGCCUGUCCCGGCACGCGCUGCUGGCGAGGCCUCGCCCGAUCUCGAGCGCGCGCUCAUGCUCUCCUCGCGCGCCGCUGCGCUCGCCAGCCGCGCCUUCUUCAACCGCGACAUGAUCAAGGAGCUCUACUUUCCGCAGGAGCACAAGAUGGCUGUCUACACGCCCUUCUUCGGGCCCGUUGCCGUGCCGCUGCUCGUCGGCAUCGUGCGACUCAUCAAGCGGCCGUGAUAUGUACAGACUGGCAUUGCGAUGGUAUAUAGAGAGACGUGCUGA